AUGUCUGAUAAAAAAUUCAAAUGGGUAAAUGAUAUUCCUCUUCCUUUACCAGGAUUGUGUUACAUAGAACCAUCUUUAAAUACUGAUUUUAAAGAUCAUGAUAAUUCACUUGAGACAUUUUUACCUCCUACAAUUUAUACUGAUCCUUUUGAACUACUUGAUGUUAAUCUUAUGAAAAUUGUUCUUGACGAUCUUUGUGGAAACAUUGAAGAUCUAGGAACAAAAAAAAAUAAAAUUUACGAAAAGGAAUACGAUUUUGAAACAUACAUUUUAGAGUCAUUCGACACUGUUUAUGAAUACGAGCAUCCACUUGACAAAAAUGUAAAAGUCAAAAGUGUUUACGACGUUUUUUAUGGAGGUGAUGAAGAUAAAUACUGCGUUUUACAAUCUGAUGAUUUGGAAUUAGAAGAAAAAAUUUUUAAGGUUGAAGAUUUUUCUCAGAGCGAUUUGCACAAAUAUUUAGUCGGUGAGAAAGAAGGAGCAAUAUAUGAAGGAAUACAGUUUACAAAUAACGAAUAUAUGAUAUGUAAAAUUGACGAAGAUAAAAUGUAUUUUUAUGAUGUAAUGUGUACAUUUAAAUAUAAAAAGUCUACAAAAAAAUAA